AUGACAAAAUUUAUAACAUUAAAAGAAAUUGAAGCUGAAUAUCCAGAACGUGAAAAUGAAACUGUAAAAGUAAGAAAAAAAAGGCAAUGUAAUAUUAGACAAGUUAGAAAAAGAUUUCUUAAUCAACAAGCAAGAGAAGAAAGUAUAGAAGUAGGACCAUCAAAUGAACCUUAUAUAACUCAAAUAAGAGCUUAUAAUCAAGUUCUUGCAUUUACAUCUUUAGAUGUAAACCUUAAUGAAGAACUUGCAAAUGCCAAAAAGAGGAUUUAUAUAUUUAGAAUUCAAGGUAAAUUAUAUUAUCAGAUUAGUAUUCUAAUGCUAAGAGAUAAUAAUCAAAAACUAACAUUUGCUCAAAUUUACUUUUAUGAUUUAAAUAUGAAUAAUCAACUUCAAAGAAGACAAGAAAUAUUUUCAAAUUUGAAUGCUGAAAUGCUUAUAAUAUUACAAGAUGAAUUAUCAGUAAACAAUCCAUUUGUUGAGCAAUUGUAA